UUCAACACGAAACUCAAUGUUCGACUUUCGUUGAGUCGAUACGAUAAUUUUUUUCUAUAACAUUAAUGCAGCCAUUUAAAUUGUUUUAUGUCGAUAAAGUGAUUGUUCAAUGAUGGGAAGUAUUGCUUUUGUUAUUGCCACAACAAUUUACUGCCUAAUAAGCUUCCUGUUUAUUGCAUGUUCAGGAGAACAAAAAUCAGUGGAAUGUUAUAAAUGCAAUUCACUUUACGAUCCCGCUUGUGGUGACCCGUUCGAUAAUUUUACAAUAGGAUCAAUAAAUUGUUCAUGGAAGAAAACACCAGAUUAUUUGCAGGGAUAUCAACCUUCCUUUUGUAGGAAAACAAUACAAACAAUUCAGGGUAAAACUUCAGUUAUCCGUGGGUGCGGUUAUGUAAAGAACUCGUACUAUGAUGGCAGGUGUGUAAGAAGAACUGGUACUCAUGACGUUACCGUAAUAUAUUGCACCUGCUCAACUUCACGUUGCAACGGUGCAUCGGGAAUGGUACCAUUUUCUUCAAAGUAUCUAUUUUUCGCGGGUGUUGUUGGACUUUAUGUAAUUUUUAGUGUUGUUUAAUUUUAAGAGCAGACGUAGGUAGUUACUUUGAAAAAAAAAUAUUCUUGGGAAAUUCUAAAAAAAAUUCUUUAUAGAAUCACUUGAAAAAAGAUCGUGUUAGGCGUUAGGGACGAAAUUUUAAUAAGGUAACUGGUUAAUAAAUGAGCAAUGUUACGUUGGAGUACUAUGGCCUAAUUUUUAUCUUGUUUUAUUGAACAGUAGACUCUAUUAACAUGGCCCAUUUUUCUUGAUUAAUUUUUUUUAGAUUUUGUAUGAAAAUUGGUUUGUUUUUGGUGAAUGUACUUAUUAGACGCAUCUAUAAUGAUUAAAUUUUAAGAGUUUCUAAAUCUUAAACAUAAAUAACCAUUUACUUUUUUUUUAAUUUUUGUUUGACCUAGUCCAAGAUAAAAAUUAAAGAAAAAUGAGAUUUCAGGAUUUUUAAAAUUCUUUUAAAAAUAUCAAAUUCUCUCUCUCACUUUAAUUUGAAAAAUCCUGUUAAGUCUCCAAAUUAUUCAGUUCUCAUAUACCUUUUAAACCGUUCUCCUAAUUACUUGAAAAUUUUAGAAUCAUUUUUAAAAGCGAAAUAAAAAAAAUUAAUAUAGAAAGGUGAGCUGAUUAUAGAAUAAUGUUUAUAAUAAAUAUUUCACCAGGGGCGGUCUUAGUCAUUUCGAUGCUCCUGCGAGGCUCCGAGUGGGUAGAUCCUUGCGAGGCCCUUGUCUUUGUGAAUCUAUUUUUAAUGAUAAUCCUUGACUAGAAAUGAAAAUUUAUUAAUAAAUAAAUUUGGAGUUUUAAAAUUGUUUAUUGGAAAUUAACAAAAAUUAAUAAAAAAUUAUUAAUCAUGAUUAACUAAGGUGCGUUAAUGUCUUAAAAGAAUCAGGGAUUUAGAAAUGAUGAUUCCGGUUUUUCUUAAGAAAUUCAAAUAAAUAUUCGUACAUUAAUCUAAUAUUUAUCUACCUGGAUUGUUGCGCGACUGCGCGAGACCCCAGCAAGAGCGAGGCCCGCACCACGCCAGCCCCAAAGACCGCCUCUGUAUUUCACCGUUUUCUCAUUUAACUUUUUAGAGUGGGUCAACUACCGUUUUCCUUUAGGGAGUUUUUCAUUAAUGGUUAAUUAUUUUUAUUGACCAUACUAUUGUAGAAUACCCAAUUCUGUUGGUACACGAAGAACAACUUCCUGGAGAAGUUCCUGAAGAACUCGCGCAAAAAUAAUUAUGCAAAAUACACAUACGUUGCAUAAUAUCAAAGCGUACUGUUUUAGAUUUUUGAAAUAACAAAAAUGUUGAUAAUUAUUGGAAAUGACCUUGAAAAAUUUAAAAUUAAUCUUAGAAUUUUCAUUCAUUCUCAUAAAUAAAGGACAUAUACAGUAGAAUCCGCUUAUAAUUAUAAGGGAAAUGACAAACACGCCAUACUAAGCGGGCGUCAUACAAA